AUGAAUUCUUCUGCCCCGCCCGCGGCGGCAGAGUAUGGCGGAGAUGAGGUAUCUGCGAUAAUUCUAGAUCCAGGAUACGCUUCGACGCGUGCUGGAUUCGCCGGCGAAGACACUCCAAAAUCCGUCAUUCCUACGCACUAUGGAAAGUACUCUACGGAUGCGCAAGAAAAAUACGUUUACGGCGACAACAUCUUUGUCUCUCCGCGCCCAGGCAUCUCCGUUCACAACCCAAUCAACAGAGAUGGAAUUGUGGAAGACUGGGAGAUGGCUGAAAAGCUGUGGGAGUAUUCAUUCACCUCACGAUUGACGAGCCGAAAACCUGAAAACCCAAUGAACAAUGGGCUAAAUGAUCCGAACCCCGAAGAUUUACCUGCGGAGAUGGAAGGGGUAGCGGCAGAAGAAAAACCACUGGCUGAUAGCCCGCUGCUGAUGACUGAGCCUGGAUGGAACCCGACAAAGGCAAGAGAAAAGACGAUUGAAAUCGCAAUGGAAAAUUGGGGGACACCAGCCUUUUACCUCUCUAGGAAUGGGCCAUUAGCCAGUUUUGCCGCUGGAAAAGCUACCGCGCUGGUAGUUGAUGUUGGUGCCAGUAAUAUCUCCGUGACCCCGGUCCAUGAUGGCUUGGUUCUCAAGCGCGGAGUACAGCAUUCCCAACUUGCCGGUGACUUCGUCUCAUCUCAGAUCCGAGCCCUUCUCAAAUCAAGUACACCGCCAGUUAACUUGACACCCCAUUACCUAAUUUCUUCCAAGGCUGCAGUCGAUGCUGGCCAACCCGCUCAAGCGGUAUACAAGGAUCUACCCGAGAACAAACUCCCAGGCCCUUCAUACCGCCGGCUGAUAGAGGACCGAACACUUUCAGAGUUCAAAGAGUGUGUAGUGCAGGUUUGGCCAGGGCCUGGUGCCCUAUCCGCCCAAGGCCCCAAUGGCACCUCCAACGAGGAGCUAGCAAAAGCCAUUCCAAUGCGUUCAUUUGAAUUCCCAGACGGCUUUAAUCAGCUUUUCGGCCCUGAAAGAUAUCGUGUUGCUGAGAGCCUAUUUGACGCUAAGGCUGCUUUGCCUGAUCCAGAUUCCGAGUUCCCUUCACCAACAGCCAACCAGACAAUACCAGAAUUGGUCCGGAUUGCCCUCAACCAAGUUGAUGUUGACAUUAGGCCAACUCUACUUGCGAAUGUAGUGGUUACUGGAGCAGGCAGUUUGCUUUACGGCUUCACUGAUCGGUUGAACUAUGAGCUCACAAAUAUGUACCCUAGUCCGAGAGUUAGAAUAUCUGCUCCUGGAAACACUGCAGAGAGAAAGUUUGGUUCCUGGAUAGGUGGAAGUAUUGUGGCCAGUCUGGGAACAUUCCAUCAGAUGUGGAUUUCGAAGAAGGAAUAUGACGAACAUGGCCCAAAUAUUGUGGAAAAGCGAUGCAAGUGA